AGAGGAAGAAUGAAGACAAAUACGACAUAACCAGGUUUGGUUUUACAUGUGAACCACUUGCUAACUGGGUAGCUGAUAGAACCGGAGUUAAAAUAUCAAUUGUUCGUCCUCCUAAUUUCACUGUCAUGUUAAUAUGGAUUCCAUUGCUUGUUGUAGCUGCUGUUGUUGGAUACUUGAAACGUGAGAACUUACAUUAUUUCUACGACUCUAGACUCUGGGCCACUAUUGCUAUGGCCUGGAUAUUUAUCAUGUUAUCUGGUCAGAUGUGGAAUCACAUUAGAGGUCCUCCUUUCUCUCACCGCAAUCACCAAACAGGCCAAGUUGGGUACUUCAGUGGAACCAGUCAGUACCAGUUCAUUGCCGAGACUUACAUUAUAAUGCUCCUGUAUGCUGUUCUUAGUAUUGGUAUGGUACUGAUGGGGGACAAGUUUAAAGUGUUUGAAGAGAUGGGGAUUCAGAAAUGUAAGUAAAACCCUCUCACUCUAAC